GUGCAGGCACCGGGGCCUAAAGGAUUCAUCAGAGGGCGUUAAGUGGAUCGGGACAGCAGACAGCCGGUCUCUCUCUCUCGGAGGAUUUUCAGUUUUACCACCAUGAUACCCGAUGAAACACCCCUGUUUGACCCGAGGUUACUGGAAGAACUGGACUGGACCCAGAACACAGCGUCGUUUUGCCCGGCCAUCUCUCCCGUGCAUCCCGGGGACGGCCUCGUUCUUAGACCACUUUGUACAUCUGACGUGAACCGAGGUUUUUUUAAGAUACUGAGUCAGUUGACAACAGUUGGAGAUGUUACCACUGAGCAGUUCAUGAAAAAGUUUGACCACAUGAAGAAGUCUGGAGAUUAUUUCGUUGUUGUGGUUGAAGAUAUUAAUCUCGGGCAGGUUGUUGCCACUGCUACCCUGAUCGUGGAACAUAAAUUUAUACACGGAUGUUCGAAGAGGGGCCGAAUAGAAGAGGUGGUUGUCCAUGAUGAAUGCAGAGGGAAACAGCUUGGGAAACUGUUAUUGUCGGUACUUACCUUGCUAAGCAAAAAGUUAGAAUGCUACAAAGUUACUCUGGAAUGCAAGCCCAAAAAUGUAGCCUUUUAUGAAAAGUUUGGCUAUGUCGCAUCAGAUGAAACCUACAUGCAGAGCCGAUUCUUCGACUAACCGCGCCCGAAAUCUUACCAUAGAGCCUACAAUGAAAAUCCUCUGGGGGAGAGAGUCUCUGUAAUAUAAUUUGUAAAUAAGCAAUUUUACACUAUUUUUAGAAAUGUUAAAUUCUUUAAAAGGAAAAAAAACAACUUUGGUUUUAUUUCUUUUGGGUUUUUUCACAGAAGACAAAAUAUAUUUUUUAACUUUGUUUGCAUUGUAUUUUUCUAAAAUGAUUGGUCAUUAUUAAAAGGCUACGGUUUCUGAUGAACAUUUUUCCGUCAGAGGUUUUCCAUUAAAUAUUUUAUUAGAAAAGCA